AUUUAAAUUUAAUUUUCGUCUUGUUUUAGUUUAUUUCUCCGUCUCCCGGUUCUUUAAUGUGUUUAAAGUAUUUCAGACAGGAUCUGAUCCAGUUUAACAGCUUUGUGAUGUUUGAGACGCAGCGAUGACGGGAUGAGCCGGAGGAUAAGUGUUUAAAACUUUAAGCACCCGGAUCCUCUCCACCAGCAGACCUCUGCCAGCACUCGUCGCAGGCGGACGGACGCAGGAUGAGUUCUGGUGCAGGCCCGGUGGGUCCGCUCUGAGCCCAGACCAUGCUGACCCACCUCAGGGCUCGGAGCAGGAGUUUGUUCUCCAGCUACAAACCCUGCAGCCAGAUCCAGGAGGUCCAGGAACCGAUCCAUUACCUGGACCUGAUCAGCACCUUCAUCAAACCAUGGAACUCCAUGCAGGACCUGAGCAGAGACAUCUACGAUCUCUACGCCGAGUACGAACGCGAGGAGCUGGAGGACCGGCUGCCCGUGUCCCCGUCUCGAGUCCUGCUGUCUCCGAACAAACACUUAACUCUGAACAUCAACGUCGGAGGAACGGUGUACUUCCUGCCCUACAGGUUAGCUGCCAGGUACCCAAAGACCCGGAUCGGGCGGUUGGCCACGUACACAGACCACAACAAGAAACUGGACCUUUGUGAYGACUACGUCGUCCAAAGCAACGAGUUCUUCUUUGACCGAGACCCGAAAAUCUUCCACAACAUCUUCAACUUCUACAGAACCGGAGUGUUGUCCAUUAAAGACGAGCUGUGUCCCUACAACUUCCUGGAGGAGAUCCACUACUGGGGGGUCAGGAUCAAGUACAGCCAGCGCUGCUGCCGGAUCUCCUUCGAGGAGCGGCAGGACGAGCUGAACGAGCAGCUGAAGGUGCAGAAGGAGCUGGUGGCUGAGCUGGAGAUGGAGGAGAACGAGGCRGUAUACGAUCAUAUGACCCUUGGUCCGAUCAGAAGAAGAAUCUGGAAUUUGAUGGAGAAGCCGUUCUCCUCCAUCACCGCCAAGCUUAUGGCGGUGGCCUCGUCCCUCUUCGUGCUGGUGUCGCUGGUGGCCAUGACGCUCAACACCGUGGAGGAAAUGCAGUACAAGACGCCCUCCGGACAGCCGAGCGGCAGGUUCUACGGGGAAAACGUGGAGACCUUCUGCAUCGCCUUCUUCACCCUGGAGUACCUGCUGCGCCUGUUUUCCACUCCCGACCUGAAGUGUUUUGGGCGAAGCGUCCUGAACACGGUGGACCUGAUCGCCAUCCUGCCCCACUACCUGCAGAUGAUCCUGGAGUGCUUCGAUGACGAGAACGUCCACCGGCACUCCGGGGACAUCGAGACCGUUGCGCGUGUCGGGAAGGUGGGUCAGGUUCUGAGGAUCAUGCGUCUCAUGAGGAUCUUCAGGAUCCUGAAGCUGGCUCGUCACUCGACAGGCCUCAGAGCGUUCGGGUUUACGCUGAGGCAGUGCUACCAGCAGGUCGGCUGUUUGCUGCUCUUCAUCGGCAUGGGGAUCUUCAUGUUUUCAGCCAUGGUUUACAGCGUGGAGCACGAUGUCCCAAACACCAACUUCACCUCCAUGCCCCACGCCUGGUGGUGGGCYGCGGUGAGUAUUUCCACGGUGGGCUACGGCGACAUGUUCCCAGAGACCAACCUGGGCCGCGUCUUCGCCUUCGCCUGCAUCUCCUUCGGCGUCAUCCUGAACGGCAUGCCCAUCUCAAUCCUCUACAACAAGUUCUCAGACUACUACACCAAGCUCAAGUCCCACGAGUACGCCAUGGUCAGCAAGGCUCGCGGGAAGGUUCGCUUCAUCAAGAGGGCGGCCAAGAAGUUYGCAGAUUACUGCGACGAUGCUGUUCAGCCCGAAGAAGACAACCGUUUUGUGGAGGUCUUCAGCAGGAGACCCAAGUCUGAACUGCCAGGGUAUUAAAAUAACUCUUUGAGCCUGAAUACAACAAAACUUGUAGUUUAAGGCUACUCUACCUCCAACCAUUUWACCAGAAUGUUGGACGUUUCUCUUUGGUUGCUUGCUGGUUGUCGAUCUUGGAUCACAUGGACUUAUCCUAAUGUGGAGAUACUGUAAACUGGACUUUUUUGGGUCCAUGAAGUCACAACUAAAGGUCCUCRUUCUGGUCCUGGGUUUGAAAAGAACAUCGGUUCUCCAGAUCAGCUCUAAAUCCUCAAUCACACUGCAUUCACUUUACCUCGUAAAUUAAUUUUAUUUUGCUUUGUGAUKAACUGAUGGUCAGUAUUUAGUGCUGGAUGUUAGCUAGAAAAUUAUCUUUAAUCCCUGAUGAUAAAUAAAAUGUGAAUUUUCCAUUAGUCACUGAAUGCAUCUUUAAAGAAGCCUUGAAAAAAAUUAUUUAUUAAAUAGAAAAGAGAUAAUCUGUAACAGGUCGAGCUUUGAGGCAUUGCCCAGGUGGGGCUCAGUCUACUGUUAUUUACCUCUGAGACUGAAACAAAAAAACAGUUUUUAAAUGCUAGGAUUUAACACUAAAUUGUUGGUAAAACUAAACUUUGCCUAAAUAAAUGAGUAAAUUCAGAGUGUGUUCAAACAUAAUAUAAUUUAAAAAAAGCUUCAAGCACAUAAUUUAUCAUUUUAAUUUACAGCUGAAAUCUCAUUUUAACUGUAAAACAUCCUUUAAUUGUUUAUAGAAACUGAGCAUUAGUGGAUUUUACAAAUAUUUGUUAACUUUUUUGUGACGUUUACAGAUCCAAACUCUUACAGGAUAUAAAGAAAUCUAAACCAAAAUAAUAAACACGAUUUGUACAAGUAGAAGAAUCUGGUUUCGAUGGUUGUUUCUGUGGAGAUUUAUCAACCGUUUCAUUAUAAACAGAUCCAGAAAUGUUUUUUGUUCCUCAGACGUUUUCAGGUCUGUGG